CAACACAACACUACCCCCAAACUGUUAAUAUAUCCCUUAUUCCUCUUUCCUCCUAUAUAAUUUAAAAAUUAAUUAAUAUUUCCUCCUCCUCUUCUUCUUCUUCAUCUUCUUCUUUAUUUCCGUUCCCAUCCUCGAUUCUUGCGUUCCAUUCUAUCUUUAACCUUCACCUUCACUCUCUCUCUCUCUCUCUAAACUCCUCUCCUAGCUACCCAUUUUCAAGAACAGAUAUUGGCAAAACCUGCUUUCGAGUUGAAGCUGCUUCCUUCUUUGUCACGGCGGAAGAGCAUUUGAUCCAACAGAUCAGGAGAAGCUAGGGGCUAGCGAAAUAUAUAUAUUAUAAUACACACACAUAUAUAUAUAUACAGAGAGGGAGGGAGAGGGAGAGGAUGAUGCCAGGAAACGGGCAGCUUUCAGUCCCGCCAGGCUUCCGGUUCCAUCCGACCGACGAGGAGUUGCUGUACUACUAUCUGAGGAAGAAGGUUUCCUACGAAGCCAUUGAUCUCGAUGUCAUCCGAGAAGUCGAUCUCAACAAGCUCGAGCCUUGGGAUCUCAAAGACAAGUGCAGAAUCGGGUCUGGUCCUCAGAACGAGUGGUACUUCUUCAGCCACAAGGACAAGAAGUAUCCUACGGGAACCCGGACUAACCGCGCCACCAGGGCCGGGUUCUGGAAGGCGACGGGGCGGGACAAGGCCAUUCACCUCAGCUCCACCUCCAAGAGGAUUGGCAUGAGGAAAACCCUCGUCUUCUACACCGGCCGCGCCCCCCAUGGCCAGAAAACCGAUUGGAUCAUGCACGAGUAUCGACUUGAAGACGACGACGCUCAAGUUCAGGAAGAUGGCUGGGUGGUUUGCAGAGUGUUCAAGAAGAAGAUCCAAACGAGGGGCUUCCAGCCAGAAGCCGCCGGAGAAGACCACUUCGCCGAUCACACGAGGGCAGCAGCCGCCACAGCCCCGCCGGACCCCAAACACAACCUCCAUACAGGCGCCGCUCUCUACGACUGCAGCUUCAACGGAUCCAUGCACCUGCCCCAACUACUCAGCACCGAAUCCGCCGUCCACCCGUCUUUUCUGCCUCCGGCAAUGUUCCACACCAUGGACGUAGACUGUUCCCAGAGCCUGCUGCGACUGACGUCCUCCGGCUACGGCGGACUCCUCCACCACCACCACGAGAGGUUUAACGGCGAGUGGUCAUUCUUGGACAAGCUUCUGGCUUCUACUUCCCAUCAGAAUAACGCCGCAGCGGCGGCGCAAGCUCUUGAUCACGUGGGUUCUUCGUCGGCCCAUCGAUUCCCGUUUCAGUAUCUUGGUUCCGAGACGGACGUCCUCAAGUUCGCUUCCAAGUAGGAACGAUCGACGGCCAUGAUCUCGUGUCGCCGUAGCUGUUUGUUAAGUCUCGUUCCGCCGUCACCGACGGCGACAUUACGUUUCUUCCUAUCAGAGAGUAUUUGGUUGGAAUCACUUCUAACUGUUAUUUAGUAUGUAGCUAAUAGUUAUGCUUAUGUCUCAAUUCUAUAAAUAUAUAUAUAUAUAUAAUUUAUAUCUACCAAUAUAUAUAUAUAUAAUUAAUGGGUGAUUGUAUA